AUGUUUUUACAUUAUGCCUUAUUCCAUCUCUUGUUGUUACUUCCACUGGCACCGGCAGCACCACCGAACACCACCAACGUCACUAUGAAUAGCCACUCUAUCGCCGCCGGUGCCACCAUUACAAAACCUGGUUGCCCAAGCAAGUGUGGAAACUUAACUGUUCCAUUCCCAUUCGGCGUUGGUGUGGGCUCUGGCUGUUCCAUAGGUUCAUGGUUCGAUGUCAACUGCAGCACUUCAUUCGAUGAUCCUCCGAAGGCCUUCAUCGGCACUGGAAACCUCCAGAUUCUCGACAUCUCCGACAACGAAAUACGAAUCAAGAGCUGGGUGGCUGCAAGCUGCUACAACCGGUUCGGUACGUUGACCCGCCAGAACGUGGCCAACAUCGAUUUAAAACCAUCGUCACCUUACACCUUUUCGGAUUCCAAUAAGUUCACAAUUGUGGGCUGCGAUGAAUUCGCAUUGAUAGCUGGAUCAGAAGGCCGGAAUUUCACCAGUGGAUGUGUGUCUAUUUGCUCGAGCAGCGAGGAUUUAAUCGAGGGGGAGUGUUCGGGAAUUGGUUGUUGCCAGACAGCAAUUCCAAAGGGUUUAAAGAAGUUUAAUUCUAACCUCGGAACUCUCAAUAAUCACACAAAUAUUACAUCGUUUAAUCCCUGUGGAUAUGCCUUUCUUGGAGAUCAAAAUAGCUAUAUCUUCCAUAAAUCAGACCUUUUGGAUCAAACUUUUCAAAAUAGGACUAUUGAAAAUGUUCCGGUAGUGAUUGAUUGGGCAAUUGGUAAUCAGAAUUGCACAGUUGCUCGGCAAUCAAAUGAUUACGCUUGUCGCGGGAAUAGUACCUGUGUUGAUUCUGAUACUGGUCUUGGGGGAUACCGGUGUAGCUGUUUACAAGGAUACGAGGGAAAUCCUUAUCUUAGUCCCGGCUGCACAGAUGUUAAUGAAUGUGAGAAUAGUCCUUGUGAUGAACACGGGAUUUGUACGAAUACUCCAGGCAGUUAUAACUGUUCUUGUGCGGAUGGAUACUUUGGAGACGGCAGAAAAGAAGGCCACAGUUGCAUUGCUCAGAACUCUCAGUUUCCAGUUAUUAAAUUUGCAUUAGGUAUGGGUUUUGGCUUCUUGGCCUCAAUCAUUGCUGUUACUUGGCUAUAUUUCAGCAUCAAAAAAAGGAAGCUUAUUAAACUAAGAGAGAAAUUCUUCCAGCAAAAUGGGGAUUCUAACUCAGGACAAUACAGCUUGGAUAGUCGUAUGAUCCACCCGAUUCACAGUCCUCGUUGA